GUUCGUCGGUAAUUGGUGUCUUCUCUGGUGCCUCCACCUGUGGCAGCCGAGUGCCUUCACCGCCACCCCAGCAUCAUCUCCGCGCGCAUCUGACGACGAAGAUCUUCGCAAAGCAUUGUUGAGAAGACCCACUCAAGACGAUAACGGUCCAAGCCACCAUCAAGUACUAGAUGUGGAUGAAGAUCAUGAUGGAGAUGAUGGAGGAAGUGCUAACGCUGUGAUCGUGCCUGACCAUCCAAGAGCUUCUCGAGGACGCAUUACCUUGCCUCUGCGGCAUAGAAUGGAUCUCAUGGCCUUUUAUUUACGUACCAUGCAAACCCUUCAUCCUUGGCACGCUGCUCUUCAGGCGACGAGAAAUGCCGCUGCCGCUACUGGAGGAGGGGGGUCGCCUUCUUCACGGAACACAACAUCUCCGAGUACUAAGUAUGCGGCGGAAAACGGUGCUGGAAAUCGAGCGCUUUUGGGAGAAAAAGUGCUUUCUGUUUCUUCCAGAUCACCUCCUCCGAAAAAAAAGGCAGACGACGCCAUAGUAAAGGACGAGAUAGACCUCGAAUCGGACGAACUGGAAAAAGUGCUUUCUGUUUCUUCCAGAUCACCUCCUCCGAGAAAAAGGGGAGACAUCAUCGUCCUAGAAUUCGACGAACUGCAACCGAAGCCAGAUAAUCGCCCUGACUCGGAUUUUGAGAAUUAUAGGGGGGAAAAUAUGUGGCUGAAUUUUAAAGGAGCAGAGGGUCUCUCUCCUAAGCAGGCCUUUGUGCGCGACACCUUUGGUAGAUCGGGGAACAGCGCCCGUCUUGCAAACCGGAACUCUGCCCCUUUUCAGGAUGUGGUUGGGCACGAGUGGUUAGUAUUUGAUGCUGACCAUUGGCAAUGGAUACCUUUCGCUACGCCUAAACGACCUAAGCCAACGGAAGCGCUACGCAAAAGCACCAAGGAUGGAGAUCGCGCAAUAUACGAAAAGCUGACGGACCGUAGGGCAUGUUUUUCGUGGUUCUCGUUGAAUCACGUGAGAAAGACCCACAAAGACGCGCUCGAGGAAGUGCCGAUAAUUCCGGGCGAAACAGUUGACCUCGAGGAGUGCACUGAGCUGGUGGAGGAGGUCACGGACAUCUUAUCAGGGGACUUUGUUUACAACAAAGUGGGACAUGUUCUGCGCGACAUGCGAAUGGUGCGAACACCAGAUGAACAACAACAAAUCCGAUGGAUCGGCACUCUUCUGCAGUCAUUAAGGAACCGGGAAAGGACGGAAACGCUGCCUCUUGUUUGUCCCAACGCCGACAUGAGGGAGAAGGCACUCUUUUGCGUUCCGCAUAACAGUUUAGUGAGCACCACAGAUGCAGAUAAAGGCUACAGACUCGAGGUCGUGAGUCCAUCUUUUUUCGACUCUGUCACACAGCAGGAGGAUUUCGAAGGCAGCAAGGUCGUCAACUUUGAGGCCAUGGAGACCACGUACAUGGAGAGCGGGUUCGCGCUACUUACUGGCACGGCCCGCGGGCAGCAUAUCGACAAGCGCAUGUCUGGAAGGACGUUACCUGUCCGUCGCAUCGUAAGCGCGAAGGAAGUAGUUGGCCUUGGCGAGAUUCCACAGGAAGAGCUCUUCGCAUGUGAUCUGUUUCCUACUGUGACGUGGCGGAUGAGUGCUCCAUAUACGCGAGACAGCUGCAUCAUGCGAACAGGUGUGCGCGUGCUGGAGUAUGGGCCCGUGGUUAUAGGAAACCUGGGCCCUGCGUUGAAGCUACCACAUUUCCAGGUCACGUACGCUAAACUGUUGAAUCCGGAAAAUUCGGAAUAUGCUUAUGUGCCUGUGCGGUUCGUCUUCGGACAAAAGAAACAGUCGAUCCCCCACAGUCCGCGGUUCCCCUGGUCCGCAUGGAGCGGGGCACCCUGGCACUUCUCCUGGGCCUGGGAGUUUUCGCUCGUGAUCCUCGAACGAUAUUCAAAGACGGGGGGCUGGAAAAAGCGAACGUGGUCUCGCGUCGGGGGAUGGCAGAAAAGCGAUGCGGAUGACGACAUUUGGCGUGUUAGAGUGGUCGGGGUAGCACCGUCUGUGAUAGACACACUCAUCGCACGGCUGGGCUCAGAGCUCGGCGUCGAUAUCUCCGCCUCCAGUUUCGUCCAGGUCCAGCAUGGCGAGCUGUUCGACUGGGGUAAUACGAAGCAGGUAGCUCUGUGCAGUGGCUGCAUCCUAAUGGCUGUCUAUCUUUAUGGAUGCCAUGGUUGGUCUAUCUUUAUGGAUCCAUUGGAUGGUUGGUUGUAGUAAUUCUUCGUUCUCUGCGUGAUGGCUGUUCGCAUAAAGUAUAUAGCAGUGUAGUACUUCUAGCGCUGAAUUUAGGAACUUCGGAAUGAGGAUACUUAGACUCGCGUGCUCGAUGGUAUUCGGGUGCCAACACUCAUACUGGUGCUUGAUUUAGAACACAUCUCCUUUCUCCGUUACGUGACCGCAAAGGAAUCUCCUCUAACCUUCGCUCUACAAGUGUGUGGCGUUUUGCCGGGAGAGGAAAUCGAAGAACAAGAGUUGCAGCGCUGCAGGACAAUUAGUAGGAGCAUCGUUUUACACAAAAGUGGCGACUUCUCCUUGUCCUCGCCGUAAAGAAAAGGCUGGCGCGCUGGGUCUAUCUCCGGAGGCUGGAAUGCGUAUGGCUACUAUAAAUAUAAUUGACACAUUCUUUUUUUUCUAAGCGCCACUGUUAUUCUAAUAAUCAGAAGGCACAUGAUGCUUCACCAUCCCCCUUAUACUUCUGUCUAGUAAAAGACACAUCCCUGAGUAAUAUCCUCGCGCUUCUAUUUAGUACGACGCGGCUUGAGAGACGAGAAGAUUAGCAUUAGCUGGUGAAGUGGGUUUUCUUCGCGUUUCGGGUUUCUUGUAUUCCUCUGGCACUGCAAAAAGAAGAUGAUGCGAUGGAAAGUGUUGGUGAGAUGUUUGGAAGUGAAGAAGAAGGUUGGCGUUGAUAAAGAUGAAAGAAGUGGUUUAUAAGGAAGAAAGAAGAAGAGAAAAGAAUAAGUUGGUCCUACGAUGAAGAAGGGGCCGCUCCUGGCUGGUGAUCAUGACUGAAGCAGAUUAGCUGGUGAAGUAGGUUUUCUUCGUGUUCGUCUCAUUCCUCUGCACUGAAUCAGGACUGUCAUGAAGGAGAAUCCCUCUAAUAUUCUGGGCGCUACGAGUACAGAGCUACAUGGCGUUGCAGACGAAGAGGAGAAGCGAUCUUUUUUCGGCCACUGUCCGUCUCGCGCAACCGCCCGCUGCGCAGAGCACAGCUCCCAUGUCCUUGUCGAAAUGCGAGCACAACUCCCAGAAGAAGCGGAAGAGCUUUUCUAAGAAAAUGAGCAACUUAGUCGUUGCUCGUUUAGUCGCUGAGUGUGUUAGUCGUAUUUUUACAUGAGACAGUGAAGUAGAUGUAGAUCCGUAUCUUCUUCAUUAUGAAAGUACGAGGAUCAGCAAUCUACGUCAAGAAACACAUCACACUGACUAGAUCUAGAAUCAAAUUAUGAUGAAAAAUGAAUAUAAAGCCGCCUGUCAUCUACUACGGGGACAAAUUCAUUAUUGGGAUAUAAAGAUGAGCUGCGCGUGGUACUACCUAAUCAUCAUGCAUGAUGAAGAAACUAUUCGACACUGACCUGUUCGAGCGCUCUUACGAACAGAAAUGUAUGCUUCUGGUAUUUGGUAACGUGAUUUUGAUCGUAUGGGAAAGCAAGAAGAGCAGCCCUGAGAUCGAAAUGAGGUUGGCGAUUACCGAAUUUGAGCAAGAAAUUUUUUCAUUCAAUUUUUCUUCAGAUUUUUAGGAAAUUUGAGUUUAGAAUAAACUUCAGUUUUGAAUUUUGAGCCUGAACAAGUAAACGAGAUACACUGACAGAUGAGCGCUUCGACGGAAACGCCUUGAGCAGGCCUCUAAUGUUUACAAAGACAGAG